UUUAAUCCAAGCUCACAAAAGGAGCAAAUUGACCUUCAAAAGCCACAAGGGAGUUUGAAGUUCGGCAAGUCAGUCAGAUCCUAGGAUUUCACUCCUCCAAAAUCCUCGUUCAUAUUCGCAGUUGACUGAAAAAACAAGUGCAGAACUUGACCCAAAAAAAAGAAGUAAGCGUCGCAACAACAACGAAGCAACCUAAGUAGUUCCUCUCUUUCCAAGGCUUGCAGCUAGCGACGAUUACUACCACAACCGUACGUUCACAUGAAGCUUUCAAACACUUUCAUUUCCUUUCUCUCCAAACCCCCGAAAUGCAUUUCUUUUCAAAAACUUGUUCCUCCUCUUCUUCAAUGCCAUCAUACCCCUCUGUUUCUUCCUCAAAGGAUGACAGCAACAACUUCCAUGGCACUGCUGGUAAUUCCUGUAAUACCCGUGGCCAAUCUUUUAUGCAGAAGAAGCUUGAGCGGCAGAGGAAGCUUAGGCAUGUCAGUGAUCAGGAGCUUGGCUUGAAUCUCACUCUCACGGACCGACCAAAUUCUCCGCCUGCUGACCCUGAUUCCGCCAAAAAGUCGUGGUCUCCGGGCGGGGCGGACUACUGGUCUUCGGUGGCCGUCCCGCAUCCAUUGCCAGUACCUGAAUCGCUUUUGACUAGGAAACGGGAGUCGUUGGGUUCGGUUUUGACCCAGGGUCAUCCCGGAUCAUCGGAAGAAGGCCCGGGCCAUGUGUUAGGGAGGAAUAGCACUGAUCACAUUGCUAUAAAGUCUGCCAAACCUUCAAGCAAUUUUCGUCAGAGGUUCUCUUGGCACGCAAAUGUUGAAAGCACUAAUAGUGACAUAAGACUGAAAAUCCCUGCCAGAAGUGCCCCAACAAGUGGUUUCUCAAGUCCUUCUGCCAGUCCACCAAGAUUGAAUGCCAGGGAUCUUUUUGCUUCUCGUGUUGCCACUGAGUCGACUAAAUCUUCAGGCGAUUCUAAUAGGGUACUGUCAAAUGAUGUAAACGUUGAAGGUGCUAUAUACAAGUUCAGGGGGGUUACUUCUCCUAGAAGUGCCCCGACAAGUGGACUCCCAAGUCCUGCUACUGUUAGCCCACAAAGAUCAUACACCGGAGACUUUUUACCUACUUUAGUGGCUCGUCGAGAAAACCAGGUUCAGUCAACUUUGGAGAUUCCAGACUUCGGUAGGCUUGCAAGCCAUUCUUCACAAGUGCCACCAGUUAAAACUGUUUUUAGUCCUGAACGUUCUCCAUUUCAUAGCCCAACAUUGCAAGGUUCCUACCUUAACCCCAAAAAUAUUUUUUCAUUUCUAUCAAAUCAUCAAUUGUUUCAGGGAAGUUCCAAUGAGUGGCCUGAAAGCAGUCAUGCAAGUGCUCAUCCGUUGCCUCUUCCUCCUAAAGUUGCACCACUACAAUUUUCCAUUCCGUCCCCACCGACUGUCAUCCAUAACACCUUAGAAAAACUAAAUGUACCUUUCAAUAAAAAUCAAUGGGUGAAAGGAAAACUUAUUGGAUCUGGUACAUACGGAAGAGUUUAUAUUGGAACCAACAGAGUGACUGGAGCCUCAUGUGCAAUGAAGGAAGUUAAUAUCAUCCCUGACGAUCCAAAAUCUGCUGAAUGUAUAAAACAGUUGGAGCAGGAGAUUAGAAUUCUACGUGAUCUAAAGCAUCCAAAUAUAGUGCAAUAUUAUGGCAGUGAGAUUGUUGAUGAUCAUUUUUACAUAUAUUUGGAGUAUAUUAAUCCUGGAUCGAUCAAUAAGUAUGUCCAUGAACACUGUGGACACAUGACAGAAUCCAUAGUCCGCAAUUUCACCCGCCAUAUUCUCUCUGGGCUGGCUUGUUUGCACAGUACAAAGACGGUCCAUAGGGACAUUAAAGGUGCAAAUUUGCUUGUUGAUGCAUCAGGUGUUGUUAAGCUCACAGAUUUUGGGAUGGCAAAACAUCUCUCAGGACUAUCAUAUGAAUUGUCCUUAAAGGGCAGUCCACACUGGAUGGCUCCAGAGGUCAUAAAAGCUGUGAUGAUGCAAAAUUGCAACCCGGAACUUGCUUUGGCUGUUGAUAUAUGGAGUCUGGGUUGCGCAAUCAUUGAGAUGUUUACUGGCAAACCUCCAUGGGGUGACCUUCAGGGGGCUCAAGCUAUGUUCAAGAUUUUGCAUAAAGAUCCACCUAUGCCAGAAACCUUGUCACCAGAGGGAAAAGAUUUCCUCCGCCGUUGCUUUCGAAGAAAUCCAGCAGAGCGUCCCUCGGCCAUGACGCUACUUGAGCAUCCUUUCGUGUGCAGAUCAGGUGAUCUUAAUGUGCCAGCAAGCACAGAAGCAGCACCUGCAGUGAACCUCACGGAUAAUUCACAGAAUUUGAGAGAUCGCGCCGCAGAAAAUGACGUGCUGCAAACCUCCCCGGGCAUGCGGAUGAGGAACCAUCACCUGCCAAGAAGUAGCGAGACCAGUCAAUAAAGCCAAAGUGUACACGUUCAGCUGGGCUUCAUCUUCUCAGCACCCACCUUGUUCAGCACUCGAAGCCCGCCCUUACAUAUCUACAGCACAAGUGCACAACUAGUUCAUGGUUCACAUAAUUUUACCUCUUCUUCUAAUGUUUCUGCCGAUUCGCCACCUGGUGCAGCAAGCAACCAUCCUCUGGCGCUUUUAAGGAGUCAUGGAAGGGAAAUCCCACGUCUGAAUUAUGCAGUGAUGAUUGUCACGAGACAUGGAAGCAAGGCUGCAGGGGUCCUACAUAGAUAUACUCAAAUUGUCAUUUCGGCAUUUGAUUUGAUUGUAGAUUCAAUUAAUUAUUUUACCUCAUUCAUGGUUAGAAUUAGUGUUGUAUAAAUAGAGAGGAUAAUUGGUGUAUGUAGAAAUAUUGUACAACAGUGUAACAGAAAAAACGAAGUGUAGAUGAAAUGUAUUGAUUA